GAAUGAAAAAGGAAAGUGGGGGGUGAGAGUUGGCCGAGUCUUGAAGCAUAAUCAUCGUGAUAUCGUGCAUGCAUUUUUGUUCUCUCUUCUUCUUCUUCUUCUUCUUCUCUCCCCAUCUCUCUCUCUAAACCCCUUUCUUCUUCUUCUUCUUCUUCCCCUAAAUACUCCAUCGCUCCAUUCAAAUCUCCGCUCACCGGAAUCUCACUCCAAACUUCUCCAACUAACACAACACUCAAAACUAUAUAUAUAUAUUAUAUAAUAUGCACAAAUAAAUAUAUAUGUAUUUCGUAUUUUUUUUUUUUGUAGAUGCACCGGCGGCAAAUGAGCUAGUUCUUGAAGUAAUCUAAGUCGGAGUUGUUUCAGGUUUUCUUUAGAGUUUGAAAUGGCUUGUAUGAAUGUGUCGUGUGGUGCUUCGACUUCGAUUGAUUGGAAGAGAGGUUGGGCUUUGCGAUCUGGUGGAUAUGCUAAUCUUUGUGAUAAGUGCGGGUCUGCAUAUGAGCAGUUAGUUUAUUGUGACGUUUACCAUUCAGCAGAAUCUGGUUGGAGAGAGUGCAUUUCAUGUGGCAAGCGUCUCCAUUGUGGAUGCAUUGCUUCAAGAUUUCUGCUUGAGCUACUUGAUUGUGGUGGUGUGAAGUGUGCAAAUUGUGCAAAGAAAUCUGGUUCUCACCUUAUUACAAUUGCUGAUAAGCCUAAUGAACCUGGCACAUCAAAAGUCAGUGAGCUGCAACAUAUUUCUUCCAAUGACCAAUUAGAUGGAAAUAAUAAUGAUAGCAUAAAGUUCAUGAAGUUGAGCAAUGACACAGAGGGUAUUGGGCUUAGGCAUUUACUUCAAUCUCAACAUGAGGAAACGAAUGGUUUGUUCCGGAAAAUGAAACAGGAGGAAGUCCCACCAGUAGGAGAGGCUGGAAAUACAUAUCUCUCAAGUCUUAAUCAGGGAUCUAAUGGAUCAUCUGAAGCUGCCAAAGCAGAACUUCGCAAAGCAAGUAUAGGCACAAAUGAUAUAUAUGACGCACUACCCCAAACAAACUUGACUAUGACUCUUGGUGGUCCUUUAGGAAAUUCAAAUUCAUCUCCCAGUGCUAUUGUUGAUGAAAGGGAGCAAAGUAAAACAUCUUCCUUGUUCUUACAAGGUGCUAGGUCUAGGCAUCUGUUGCCAAAACCCCCAAGGUCAACCGUUGGUACAAGUUUGGAAGGAAACACUAAUAUGGCUCCUCAGGUACGGGUUGCACGGCCACCUGCUGAAGGACGAGGAAGGAACCAGUUACUUCCUCGCUAUUGGCCUAGAAUUACUGAUCAGGAGUUGCAACAAAUAUCUGGAGACUCAAAUUCCACCAUUGUGCCACUGUUUGAAAAGAUGCUCAGUGCUAGUGACGCUGGUCGAAUUGGUCGGUUGGUUCUUCCAAAAGCAUGUGCUGAAGCGUAUUUUCCUCCUAUUUCUCAACCUGAAGGUCUUCCCUUAAAGAUUCAAGAUGUAAAAGGGAAAGAGUGGGUGUUCCAGUUCAGAUUUUGGCCCAAUAAUAACAGCAGGAUGUACGUUUUAGAAGGUGUGACCCCAUGCAUCCAGUCCAUGCAGUUGCAAGCAGGAGAUACUGUGACUUUCAGUCGUAUGGAUCCUGAGGGAAAACUUAUUAUGGGAUUUCGGAAAGCAUCAAAUUCUGUUGCAAUGCAGGACACUCAUCCAUCUGCCAUUCACAAUGGUGGUCAUUCAAGUGAACCUUUCAUUUCGGGUGUUUUCGAGAACCUACCUAUAAUAAGUGGUUACUCUGGUCUUCUUCAGUCACUGAAGGGAAGCGCGGAUACCCACUUACAUGCACUAUCCAAACAAUUGUCUUCAGCUAGUGCUGAUAUUAGCUGGAAUAAAAUUGAUAAGCAUGAAGGCAGGUCAAGGGAGAACUUGUUGCUGCCUUCGUUGAUGGUUCCAGAAAGAAAAAGAGCUAGAAAUCUCGGUUCAAAAAAUAAGAGGUUGCACAUUGAUAGCCAGGAAGCUCUGGAGUUAAAACUUACAUGGGAAGAGGCUCAAGAUUUGCUUCGUCCGCCUCCUUCUGCCAAACCAAGCACCGUCAUGAUUGAGGAUCACGAAUUUGAAGAAUAUGAAGAACCUCCAGUUUUGGGGAAGAGAAGUAUUUUCCUACUCCGUUCAACUGGGGAACAAGAGCAAUGGACUCAGUGUGAUAGUUGCUCUAAAUGGAGAAGGUUACCAGUUGAUGUAUUUCUUCCAUAUAAGUGGACAUGUGCUGACAAUGUUUGGGAUCAAAUCAGGUGUUCAUGCUCUGUGCCAGAUGAACUGAGCCCAAGGGAACUGGAAAGUCUUCUUAGAAUGAACAAGGAGUUCAAAAAACGAAGAGUAGUAUCAUCAGCCAACAGGCCACCAACCCAUGAAAGCGAAUCUUCAGGCCUUGAUGCAUUGGCCAAUGCAGCAAUGCUCGGAGACAAUGCAACAGCAACCGAACCAGGUACCACAACAGUUGCUGCCACUACAACAAAACACCCCAGGCACCGACCCGGCUGCUCGUGCAUUGUUUGCAUCCAGCCCCCUAGCGGCAAAGGCAAGCACAAACCUUCAUGUACUUGUAACGUAUGCAUGACAGUUAAACGCCGGUUCAAAACCCUCAUGCUGAACAAGAAGAAACGCCAAUCAGAACGCGAAGCUGAGCUAGCCAAUAGAAAUCAUCAGAAAACAUUAUGGGACCCGAGAGACGAAACAGAAGUAGACAGCACUACAUCUAGACAUUUGUCAUCACAACUUGAUCCAUCAGACAACGAAACAAGAUCAGCUAACGAAUCAGAAUCCAAGAACCACUGCACCCUGGCUGAUACCGCCAAGGAAGCACUGGACUUGAACUCCCAUCCUGGGAUUCGGGAAGAAGAUUCGCAAGCAGGGUCAAGCCGCGUCAGCAUGAUGAGCCUUCUUCAAAACGCAAGCCGUCCUCUCGACACGUAUCUAAAGCAAAACGGUCUAACGAGCUUGACUCAAGAACAGCAACAGCAGACGAGUUCGGCUUCUCAUGCUUUUCCACAAGCCACAAAUGAGAGUGAGGAACAGGUUAAUAAUGAAGAUCAAGAACAGUGUCCUAAUCCCAUUGUUGAAGAAGAACAUGAAAGUGAUGGUAAUGAGCAAUGUGGUGAUAAUGAUGAUGAUGAUGAUGAUGAUGAUGAUCAAAGCUUAAAAGAUCCACUUUGAUAUUAAAAAUAUACAUACAUAUAUGUGUUUCUUGAACUUUUCUUCCUUUUUUUUUUUUAUAUACAUAUAUGUGUUUCUUGGUUUUCAUUUUUGCUUUUAUUUUCUCUUUUGAUGAUUUUGAUCACUGAAUGAUAUGAUAUAGGUCUCUUACUGUAAUUUUGGCUCUCUCAUAUUUUUUUUAAACUAAAAAGAAGAAUGAAAAAGAAAAAGAAAA